AUGGCACGCAUCGGCCAGUGUUACCCACGCCAGCACCACUACCCCAACAACGCCGAGGAAGUCGUGGCGCUAGUGAAGCGGCUGAAGCAGGCAGGGCAGAAGUGCCGCAUUGCCGGCGCUGGCAAGAGCCCCAACGUGUCGACGUUUACCGACGCCCACCUUAUCCACAUGGACCGCCUCAAUCGCAUUGUCUCUGUUGACGUGGAGGCACAGCAGAUUGAGUGCGAGGGUGGCGUGCUGCUCCGCGAUGUGUUCGAGCGGCUGAGUGCUCACGGGCUCAUGCUGCGGUGUGUGCCGUCGUAUGUGCUCACAACCGUCGCUGGAGCCAUCGGCACCGCCACACACGGCAGCGGCACGCAUACAAAGUCCCUCUCCGAUUACGUUGUGCGGCUUCUACUGGUGGACGGAAACGGUGAGCUGCGCACGUUUGACGCGUCAACACCGAAGGAGCUGUCGCUUGCGGCGUGCCACCUUGGCAUGCUCGGCGUCGUUGUGCGGGUGACGCUACAGGCGGAGAAAAAAAGCAUGUGGCGUGUGCGCAGCUCCCCUGUUCCACUCCAAACGCUCAUCCACAAUAACACCAUCGCGCAGCGUGUGGCUGAAUCGGAGUUCUACCGUUUCUUUUGGGUCCCCAAUACGGACUUCUGCUACGAGUCUAUUGGCGCAUGCGUGAAAGAAGUUGAGAGUGCACAAUCAGAUGCGGUGAGCACAUCACCCUCUACCGUAUCCGAGGUGAAGCCAUCACAAGUGCUGUCAGGUGGACUGCCGGCGAUGCGGCGCCAACGCGACGGCGAGGCAAGCGACUACCAAACGUGGCAGGAGGAGCAGCAGCACCCAUACACACGGCUGUGCCGGGCUGCGAAGGGGAACUGGUUGCGGCACGGCGUGGUGGAGUCGGCACUCGCGGUUGCAACUAUUUACCCACAGUUGCAGCCGUACAUCAACCGCGCCUACCGCCGACUGUUCUACGCCGCACCUGAGGUGCAGUACGGCACUCCUCUUGAGUGCUUCACCUUCGACUGCCUCUUCAAGCAGUGGGCCUGUGAGUGGGCGAUUGACGCCAGCAAAACUGAAACGGCAUUUAAGCUUCUCCGCCAUCUUAUUACGUCGGAGAAGCUGAGUGUUCACUUCCCUGUCGAGUUCCGUUUCACGGAUGCGGAUAAGACUGCUGUUUCCCCCGCGAACGGCCGCAAGACGUGCUGGAUCGGCAUUGUCAUGUACCGCCCGUACCUACGCCAUGCGCGUGACACGAUGCGGUACUACCAGGCAUUCAGUGACGCCAUGACGGCGAUGGGUGGGCGCCCGCACUGGGCGAAGUACUACACGUGGGGCCCAUCGCAGCUGAAGGCAGCGUACGGACAGAACUGGGAGGACUUUCUGCAGCUGCGCAAGACGCUGGACCCGAGGGAAAUGUUUGUGAACGGCUGGUGGAAGAGUCUGAGCGGCCAGGCCCCACUUUUGAAUAGUACCAUUAGUCACCUGUAG